UUAUUGUGUGUGAAAUCUUGUCGAUUUCUUUGCUAAUAUCCGGAGACCGAGUGAGUUAAUGACGUGGACAGUGUUCCUUUGAUGUGUUUUAUAUGGAGCUAUAGACAAUUUAUCGGGGAAUCGCUUAGUACGUGCGUAACACGACUCCUUCAGUGUAAACACAAGUGGACGGGCUUAGCUACAUCGACCGAAUUUUGGACAAAAUUUCGUGUUUGAGGCCGUGUGGACAGUUUAAUACUGCGUCGAAUGGAAUGACACAGACUUCUGCGCAAUGGAAUCAAGGGCAAAGGUCAACGUCGCAGUCAAGGUCAAGACCGAAUCAGGUCGCGGAAGUGCAGCCUAAUGCUCGGACUCAUAUUGGGCAGAGUAUUCAGCAUUCACAGAGUGGUCGAAAUAUACAACUAAUUCGAGGUAAUCCGAUCCGUAACUUGAACGUGCAAAGCAACGUUCCUUUACACCAAGGUUCCAAUCAAGGCGGACAGACUCAACGUAUUACAAACCGCUCGCCUAACCCAAACAGACAAUCUCGCGCCAUGCAAAGGCCAUCUCCUAAUCAGGGAAGAACCGGUACCGGAAGUUCGUCUUCACGUAUACGCAAUAUUCCCAGCCAACAAUUUACACGACAGUCUCAAAACGUGCAGAGAACAGUGCAACAUCAACAAGAAGCAUCUCGCUCCCGUGGUCUGAAUCAGAUACUUCAAACCAUCGCUUCUGAGCAAAGAAGAAACCCCGCAUCGGGAGCUAUUCCAGAAAAAACUUUGACAUUGGCGCCAAACGCUACGGAUCAUUUUUAUAACACAUUGAUAAAUGAAUUUGUUAGAGAGCUUGAGAAUCGUGUGGUUGCUAGUAACGCCAAUACGCAUCAAUCUCUUUCAACAACUGGACAGGUCCAUUUAUCUCCGCAAAACGUUUUGCCAAUCGCUCAUCACGUCCUUCCACAACAUAUUGGAGGACUUAUGCCUGUUGGAUUCAGCCCUUUUGGAUUUAGUCCUUUGUAUAUGGGUUCGUUUUAUCCCCAAGAUCCCGAUAACAUUGAUUACCCAGAUCCAGUGCAAAUCCCAGAUCCUGUGAAGCCAACGGAUGCUCCAGUAGUGAAUGCAAAGACAACAACCAGCGGAAUUACCGAGCCAACGACCAUAGACCCAAUAGUUCUAACAACACAAAGUCCAGAGUUCACGUCGCCCACUCCCUUGGACGUUACUAAUAGCACUGUGGUCAUCGAUACCACAGUCAAUACUUCGACUAUUAUCUCAAAUUCUAGCACACCUUCUGACCUGAAACAUGUAGAAAUAACAACAACUGUAUCGGUAAAACCAGCUGCUGAUUUGGUGAACAAUUCAACGAAAAGGCCGGAUAUUGCAACAGUAAAUAAGGACGUCGCCGCUACCGUUGGAAAACCAGAACAACUCCAUGGGGCCAACGGAACGUUGUCAAACCCUCAGGAAAGCACAAAUAUCACAACUGGGAUUGCGAACACAACAUUAAUACAUGUGACUACUGCUUUGCCUGCAAAAGCCCAAAGCAAGAAGGGGAAUCAUUCAUCAGUGUAGCUAGAAUAACAUUUAAGAGAACACAUUUCAAAACGGAUAUUUUUUCGUUGAUGUCUUAACUUCAAAUACUUAAUAAUAAUUAAUUAUCGCUUUAUAUCGACGUGAGUUAUUAUUGGUUAAAAUAAUGAACGCCCAAUUAAUACUAGUCCAGUCAUAUCACGUUUAUUAUGUAAUGUAUACCUUGAUUAUUGACUUCGUCGUGAGGUCUUUAAGCCUUUUAGAUGAACGAAUGUGUUUCUAAGCUGAUUAAAUUACCAAAUAUACCGCCUAUGUGGUGUACAAAUAAAACAUUAUAUACAAAAAAAAGUUACCGUCUGUUUUCUGUCUUUGAAAUAUACGUAAAAGCUAUGGAUGCGCCCAAAUGUCCUUUGGUCCCUUCAUUUUAUUUUGACUAUUAAGCCAUACAAUUAUCCGAUUGUCACGUAGUAGCACAAUAUUGCUUAAUAUUGUAAAGAAUUUUAUAUCAAACCAAAUAAUUUUAUAGUCGAGACAAGCGAAAUACCAGUGUAUUUUACCUUAAGUUUGACUUUGAUUUGUUAGGAUUCAUAUGUCGUCUCGUAAUGAUGAAAUAAA